ACGUAAACACGGCUGCUGGUGAUGUGGACUCCCUUUGCUUUUUUCAACUUUGUCUUCGAAUUUGACCGACCAUGAACCUUUUACAUGUUUCGGCUGUGAUUUUUCCUGUUUUCGUCUUUUUCUCGUGGCAGUGUUUCCUGCUGGUCCAUCGAGUCACCGAGUCACCUUACAUUGACGAAGAGUUCCACGUUCCGCAAGCACAGCGAUAUUGCCGUGCAGAUUUCCAAUGGGACCCGAAAAUCACCACUCCACCCGGCUUAUAUUUGGCUUCCUUGGCCUUGCUUCGCGUCUCGAACGCGCUUGGACUCGAUCUGCACUGCGACAUUUUUUUCCUUAGACUAACAAACGUCGUGUUUGCCAGCUGCAAUUUUAUCGUUCUCACCCUGAUCAUCAGCAAACUAAACAAAGGUUCUCUUUGGACUGGCGUACUCGAGCUCGCCAACUUGUCAACAUUCCCGAUUCUCUACUUCUUCAGCUUCUUAUACUAUACAGAUGUGAUCAGCACUCUUUCUGUGCUGCUAAUGUACUGUGCGUUCCUGCACAACAAAAUCGUUCUCUCGGCAAUGCUAGGGUUUGUAUCCCUUUGGAUGAGACAAACAAAUGUUAUUUGGGUUGCCUUCACUGCUGCUCUUCACGGAUAUAAUUUGCUGGAUGAACUGCUGAAGAAGGACAAUGUCAGACUUAGGAAAAAUGAGAUUUUUGGUCGAGUGUGGGCUGGACUGCAGCGGCCGCACGUGGUCUCAUCCAUCGUGCUGCAAGAGACGCCGUUCAUCGCAGUCGGCGCCUCCUUCGUCGCAUUCGUGGCGUGGAACGGGGGCAUCGUCCUUGGUGACAAGUCAGCGCACGAGGCCACCGUGCACUUGCCGCAGCUGCUCUACUUCAGCGCCGUGUGCGCGGCGCUGGCGCCUGCUACGUUCGCCACUGCCGCGCCCCGCUUCCUGCGGCUCAUGCUGCGUCGGCCGGCGGCCACUGUGCUGGCCGCGGUGGCCGUGGCCGCUAUCGUGCACUUGAACUCAACGGCGCACCCGUACCUGCUGGCCGACAACCGCCACUACACCUUCUAUCUGUGGCGCCGGUUGCUGCAGCCGGCUGGCUUCUGGCUGGCGCCGCUUUACCUGUUUGCGGGACACACGCUGCUCACGCAGCUUGCCAGGCAUGGCCUCUUCCUGCAGCUGCUGUUCACGGCGUGCGCGGCCGCCGCCCUGGUGCCGCAGGCGCUGCUCGAGCCCAGGUACUUUGUUAUGCCCUUCAUUUUCUACAAGAUGCACGCGCCAGAGCCGAAUUGCAAACUGUCGGCCGUCAAUGUCUUGGUCUCCUUGCUCGUCAACAUGUUCAUUGUCUAUGUGUACGUCUACUGCCCCUUCACACCAGAGUCCAAGGUGCGAUUUAUCUGGUGAAUUAAAACACCGACUGUUUCCUGUGUUUUUGAGAAACAUACUGUACUGGUUAAAGACUUUUAAAAUAAAUGCACAUAAAAUAAUAUUGUGGAAAAA